AUGAAAUUAAUGAAAUCAUAGUAAUUGCAAAAAGACUUGGAAGCAUUUCAAAAAUAGCUCAAAUUAACACUUCCAACCAUAAUUAAUAGAGUGACCAAGGAUAUAGGAUAGAUACUUUAUUUUGAGAAAUUGUUUAAGGACGCAAAACCAAAUUCAGUCUAAGAAUUAUAUUUUUAAAGUCUUCUUAGAUUGGAUCCCCACAUAGCAAGACAAUAACCAUAAUUAGAUGAACCCAUUCAGAACAUUAAUGAAAUGAUACAUAUGUAUUUUGAAUAGCAAGCAGCCAAAUUAUAAGAAAUGGUAUUAUUAGAAAAAGAGCUCAAAAUGAUGAGAGAAUUGGAAGAAUUGUAAGUAAGUUAGGAGAGUACACAAAUAUAAAAUGCUUGUAUAGAAGUGGAAUAGUAAAAAGGAAUGGAAGUAGAAAAAUAGAACAUGGAAGAGGUAUGCAAUACAAUCAAAAGGAAAUAUUGGAGACAAGCUUAAUCACCUAAUUGUGAUUAGUGUUUCUGUGGAAAUCAAUUACAUUAUAAGUAAAUAGUCAAAUGUCAAUUAUGCGAAAAACAUUUUCAUGUGAAUUGUCUAGAUAAAAGUUAUGAUGAAAGAUAUGUUAAGCAUUUCACAUGUCCAAGAUGUACCUUAUAUCAUAUGGAUUAAUUUUGUGAAGUGAUCUCAGUUAUUAUAGAUCCAUUUUCAUUUAAGAAAACAGGGCUGACCAGCACUAAAUCUAUUAAAUUUAAAUCAGAUACUAAUAAAAUUGAUAUCAGAUGCAUUAGAAUGGAUUGUCCCCUAUCAGCUGAAGAAAUCACCUGGCCAGAUCUAGGAGAAUUGCACAUUAACAAUAAGAAAGUGGCUGAAUUUAUUCCAUUGGCUUAGUAGAGUUGUCAACAUAAACGUAAAGAUGAGAAACUGAUAUUCACAAUUCCAUAAAACGAAGAAUGUACUCUAAUGUUGAAAGAAAUAAUCCCUGGCAUGGAGUAGAAGAGAAAAUAUAGAAUUCAAGGGGAAUAAUUGCAUUAUAUUGCUGCCUACAAAACUAAACAGUAUUCUGCAAAAUAACUAAUAGAAAAGAUUACUACAUCGAGUGAAAAUUGGAUGAGUGUAGAACAAGCAUAGGAUUUUAUUAUACUAUAGAUGAAUUACAUAUCUUCUACUGGUAUCAAGUAAAUUAAAUAAACUAUUUCUUUGUUGUGUUGCUUAUGUUCCACUUUGAUGGUCACUCCUGUCAGGGGGAUCUAUUGCAAUCAUAUCUAAUGUUUCUCUCUAGAAAAUUAUUUAUUGAUGCUUGAAUUGUCAAAUCCAAGAAAAUGGAGAUGUCCCAUUUGUAAAGCCAAGUUGUUCAAAUUAUANUACAUAUUUAAAUUUGGUGUCAAAUAUUUCCAUACUUUUAGGUUAAUAAAAUUUAUUUAAUUUGUUUGACCAAUUAUUUUAAUGAAAUUAAUGAAAUCAUAGUAAUUGCAAAAAGACUUGGAAGCAUUUCAAAAAUAGCUCAAAUUAACACUUCCAACCAUAAUUAAUAGAGUGACCAAGGAUAUAGGAUAGAUACUUUAUUUUGAGAAAUUGUUUAAGGACGCAAAACCAAAUUCAGUCUAAGAAUUAUAUUUUUAAAGUCUUCUUAGAUUGGAUCCCCACAUAGCAAGACAAUAACCAUAAUUAGAUGAACCCAUUCAGAACAUUAAUGAAAUGAUACAUAUGUAUUUUGAAUAGCAAGCAGCCAAAUUAUAAGAAAUGGUAUUAUUAGAAAAAGAGCUCAAAAUGAUGAGAGAAUUGGAAGAAUUGUAAGUAAGUUAGGAGAGUACACAAAUAUAAAAUGCUUGUAUAGAAGUGGAAUAGUAAAAAGGAAUGGAAGUAGAAAAAUAGAACAUGGAAGAGGUAUGCAAUACAAUCAAAAGGAAAUAUUGGAGACAAGCUUAAUCACCUAAUUGUGAUUAGUGUUUCUGUGGAAAUCAAUUACAUUAUAAGUAAAUAGUCAAAUGUCAAUUAUGCGAAAAACAUUUUCAUGUGAAUUGUCUAGAUAAAAGUUAUGAUGAAAGAUAUGUUAAGCAUUUCACAUGUCCAAGAUGUACCUUAUAUCAUAUGGAUUAAUUUUGUGAAGUGAUCUCAGUUAUUAUAGAUCCAUUUUCAUUUAAGAAAACAGGGCUGACCAGCACUAAAUCUAUUAAAUUUAAAUCAGAUACUAAUAAAAUUGAUAUCAGAUGCAUUAGAAUGGAUUGUCCCCUAUCAGCUGAAGAAAUCACCUGGCCAGAUCUAGGAGAAUUGCACAUUAACAAUAAGAAAGUGGCUGAAUUUAUUCCAUUGGCUUAGUAGAGUUGUCAACAUAAACGUAAAGAUGAGAAACUGAUAUUCACAAUUCCAUAAAACGAAGAAUGUACUCUAAUGUUGAAAGAAAUAAUCCCUGGCAUGGAGUAGAAGAGAAAAUAUAGAAUUCAAGGGGAAUAAUUGCAUUAUAUUGCUGCCUACAAAACUAAACAGUAUUCUGCAAAAUAACUAAUAGAAAAGAUUACUACAUCGAGUGAAAAUUGGAUGAGUGUAGAACAAGCAUAGGAUUUUAUUAUACUAUAGAUGAAUUACAUAUCUUCUACUGGUAUCAAGUAAAUUAAAUAAACUAUUUCUUUGUUGUGUUGCUUAUGUUCCACUUUGAUGGUCACUCCUGUCAGGGGGAUCUAUUGCAAUCAUAUCUAAUGUUUCUCUCUAGAAAAUUAUUUAUUGAUGCUUGAAUUGUCAAAUCCAAGAAAAUGGAGAUGUCCCAUUUGUAAAGCCAAGUUGUUCAAAUUAUAAAUUGAUGCUCUAUAAUAUACAAUCUUGUAGACUAUUAGACAAUAUAAUUUAUAAGAGAAAUACACAGAAAUAUCAUUCGAUCAUAUGGGUAACAUAUUGGAUGAUCUCGUUCAAAAAUAUCUAGAUUUUAACAUUUUACCAGAACAUGCUAAAACUAGUACAAAUAGAAUCUUGCAAUUAGAAAACUUAAGCAAUUAGGAAAAUUAAAAUGAGAAUGAGAAUGAGAAUGAAAUAAAUGAAUCUGAAUUACAAAGCAAUAGACCACUUAAUCCUAACUCAAUCGUUAUGAUAAAUUAUUAAAUGAUAUAUUAUAAUAAUCUUACCUUUUAUNUUAAAGUCUUCUUAGAUUGGAUCCCCACAUAGCAAGACAAUAACCAUAAUUAGAUGAACCCAUUCAGAACAUUAAUGAAAUGA